AUGCGCCGAAAAAAACCAAGGAAGAAGAAGUCCACAAGUGCGCCAUGUCGGUAACACGUCGACGCAAAGAAGGAAAUCAUUUUGGAUCUUUUUCAAACGCUCUCAUUUCUUCUCUACUUUUAUUCUCGAUACAAAAAAAGAGGAUAAUACGAUUUCUUAAAGCAGACUGUUGAGACCGUUCUAGUGUAUUUACAUCGUGUGUAUGUGUACGUCGAUUACAAUGUUUUCUUCAGUGUAAGCAGCAUACAGGGUGUGGACAUGGCGACAUGUGUUUCCAAGCAUGUAUGUUUAUGUUCAAUAGCGAAACACGCUUGCAUUAGUUUGCGUUUUAGAACUGAAGAAACAUGGAUAAUCGCAGAAUUACCAGAAAGAGGACCGAACAAUAGCGUUACUUAUCGGCCCUUUUGUCCUAUGAGCUGAACAGAAGAGAUAACACAACACACAGGUGUGUUUGGAGAUACAGUGUCAGUGAAUGAUGGAUGGUCUGUCACUCUACACACUGGUCUUACUGACAUACAGAGAGUUGAACUGAUAGUGUGGUGGUUUAAUGGCCAUCGCAUCGCUAAAAUCAACAGAGCAGUCAAUAGUGAUCCGGCUUAUGACCUUGAUGAGAGAUUCACUGACAGAUUUAGGAUGAACCCUUAGACUGGAGAUCUCACCAUCAUAAACAUCACAUCUGAACUCACUGGACUUUAUCAACUAGAGAUCAUCAGCGAAAUGACAGAAACACAGUCGUUCAGUGUCACUGUUACUUAUGAGUCACUCGAAAUUCCUCAGGAGUGCUUGAGGAACAUGAAACAGAGUUCAGGGUGUUAACCUCGCUAUCAAAAUUGUGCCCAGACCAGAAUCCAUGGCAGCUCCUCUUCACAACCUCAGGACUUGAAAGAACUGGUGCAGUUUUGUUGAAUACAUUUACAUUUCUGUAUGCGUUUUGUAUAUAAAUAUUCAAUAAAUGAAUUGCUCAUACCAUGUCUUUAGGUGUUAUUUGAAGCAACACGAACAUGACGAUAAUAAUAUUUUCUGAAAUGGAAAAACCUUUUAUGUCUGCCCUCAUAACACAGUUAACAUAUGAUAACUUGGGACAUGAACGGAUGCCAGAACCAUGUUGUCUGCUGCUACACUCCUGACCACGACACACAGAAGUUCUCCACAGUGGCCAAUUAAAACAACAAUAUACAAAUUAAUAUGCACUUAUACACAACCUUUAUGAUAAAAGUUAAAUUAGUUAACUACCUUUGUCAAAUUAAAUGUAAGCAAUUUCCUGAAAUACAGCAUUUGAUAUCUUGGUAAAACAUAUUUAAAUAUUUAAUGUAAAAGUUGUGCAUGUCAUCUCUUCAUACAGUAAGAGCUAGCAAAAACUAUUGUGUUGGUAUGCAUUAUUAACAUUAGGCUAUACAAGAUGGUAUUCGCAGGUGCCCUUGCGAAAAGGGUGUAAUUCAACUUGCUUUAAACUAGAGAAGAGGGGGGGGAGCUCCGAGGUUGCAAUUGAAAAAAAGCAACUGAAAGGUAAUGACGGCAACGGCAAAUGCCAGUGUGGUCGUUGCAACAGCAAAAGGUUCCUUUUUUAAUCUUAAAAGGCACGUGUCGAGGAAACAUGAUACAGUGUUUCGCUCGCAUAUGGAAAGAAAAUCUGAAAGUUGGUAAUACUGUCACAUAGCGUUGUGUGUCAACAGUAAAUGCUUAAGACUCUAACUCAAUACAUUGAAAAUAUUUCUAAUAUAGGCCUAUAAUCACUGUACUGUCUCUCGUCGCACUAUCUCUGUCGCUCGCAGCGUAUAAAUAUCAUAGAUGUUAUCACGAAAGUGACUCUGGUCCGAUCGUCCAUGAUAAGAAAACAGCGAAACAUAACCUACCGAAACAACGACUACGCAAAACCAAAUUUCUAUUGAACCUUAAUUGUAAUAAACACUAGCACCUGUUAAAACAACAAGUGCUUAUUCUGGGGAUAAAGCAAGCAAUUACGCAUUCAAUAAUAAAUCCAUGCACACCGAUGUAAAACUGCUUCUUGUCUUUAUUGUGUAUGGGAUUCCUAUUGUGCUGCACCAACACACAACUUGUUUAGAUUAGAUUAGAUUAGAUUCAACUUUAUUGUCAUUACACAUAUACAAGUACAGUGUAACGAAAUGUAGUUUAUGUCUAACUAGAAGUGCAAUUAGCAAGUGCAGAUAUACAGUGUGAAUAAAUACAGAUACAAUAUUAGGAAAAUACUAUACAAUGGGCAUGUACUGUGAAAAUACUUUACAGAAGGAAUGUACUAUGACAAUAUAUACAGAAGGCUAUAUACUGUGAACAUUAAUGUACAGGAGGUUAUGAACAGGAGGUUAUGUUUACUAUGUGCUCUCCAGACAAAACACGCUGAACAGAAGUGGAUGACUCAUCACACAUACGGUAUGUAUGUGUGAUGAGUCAUGACGGGCAAGGGAUCGCAAAUCCCAGGAAGUUCAGGUCGGAGACCUUUUUCCUGUACAUUCUGUGAGUUUUGUGAUUGCUGCUUCUGUUUCACUGAAGUACACACAUUAGGGGAAAAAUAUAUAUAAAAAUGUUUUUUGUAUUUUUAAGACAUAUAGAAGUCAUUACAAAUUAGAGUUCAAGUAGGCCAAGUGAUAUUUAAAAAAAAAGAAAAUAUGUUCAACAAAGACUAGGCCUAUCUGGGAACAUUCACACUUGGGUUUGAAGCGGAAGAUGUGCAAAGGCAAAGUUUAUAGACAGGAUCACGGGUGCAGAGAAGCACCUCCCACACUGUGAGGGCUUUAAAUAGCCUAAAGGGAGUGGCCUCCCGCACUCCGCCAAUCGCCUCUCUCAAAUGUAUAAGCAAGUGUCAGAAUUCAUCCCUCUUUCACAUUGUCAGGUGUUAACUGUGGCUUUGCAAGAGAGAGAAGCGACCUCAAACGGAACGUUGUCUGUCUUAUUUCAAUAGAACCAACGUUACUUGCGGGAUAUCAGGAUGCCACUAAUCCAGCUUUGUGUAUUGUCUCUAUUGAUUGUGGAAGGCCUGUCUGGUGUUGAAGUGAAGUCAGUGUCAGUGAUGGAGGGAGAUCCUGUCACUCUAAACACUGAUCUUACUGACGUACAGGAAGACCUUCAGAUACUGUGGCUAGUUGGACCUAAAGAGAUUCGCAUAGCUGACAUUCGUAGACAGAAACCCAAUACAUACAUUGAAACUGGAAGAUAUGGAGACAAACUGAAGCUGGACAGUCAGACUGGAUCUCUCACCAUCACAAACAUCAGAAUCACAGACACUGGACUUUAUAAACUAGAGAUUAUCAACAGCAGAGAAACGUCAGAAAAUAAAUUCAAUGUUACUGUCUAUGCUCGUCUGCCUGUUCCUGUCAUCAUCAGAAACUCUUCUCAAUGUUCUUCAUCAUCAGAAAGAUCUUCAGUGUCAAAAUGUGUGUUGUUGUGUUCAGUGAUGAAUGUGACACACGUCAGUCUCUCCUGGUAUAAAGGAAACAGUUUAUUGUCCAACAUCAGUGAGUCUGAUCUCAACAUCAGACUCUCUCUACCUCUGGAGGUGGAAUAUCACGAUACAAACACAUACAGAUGUGUGGUGUCCAAUCCAGUCAGCAACCAGACUCAACAUCUAGACAUCAAUGAACUCUGUCAGGCGUGUUCAGAUCCCAGUCAGCAUUAUUUAAUACCGCUGAUAACAGUUAUUGUGGUGGGGCUGCUGGUCAUCGUUUUUGUGAUUUUCUGGCAUAACUGUAAACAACAAAUAAUGAGAGAUGUUGAAGCACUUCAGACAGCAUACUCUUAAGUGUAGUGACAUAAAAACCAAAAGAAAUGAAUAAAUUAUUUUUUAACAUAA